CAAGGCGGCUCCCUCCGGCCUCUACUGCGGCCCGCUGCGGCUGCUGGCGUGCGAGGUUGCCGACCGGCUAGCAGCGGAGGGGGUCCCCUGCCACCUGGUGACCGGGCAGGAGGUGCGACCCGCCUUCCUGCCGGCAACCCGGGGGGACGGCAAGGAGGAGGACGGCACCCGCGGGCCUGACCACAGCAGCAGCAGCAAUAACAGUGACCACAACAACCGCAACAGUAACCACGUCAGAUGGCGAGUUGAGGAGGAGCAGCAGCCCCAGCAGCAGCAGCAGCCCCAGCACUCCCCGCGACCCGCCCGGCACACCGCCUGCACCGUGGAAAUGGCGGACGUACAAAUGCUCGACGCAUCCUCCCUCAUGACGACAACCACCCACCCCCAACCACCCUCCUCCCCCUCCACCUCCCCCCACUACCUCGAUGUCGCCGUCCUAGAUGAGAUCCAGAUGCUGGGCGACCGGCACCGCGGGUGGGCCUGGACCCGAGCGCUGCUGGGCGUCGCGGCCGCGGAGGUGCAUGUGGCGGGGGACGGGGCGGUGCUGCCCGUGCUGCGGGAGCUGGUGGAGCAGUGCGGGGACGAGCUGGAUGUGCGGCACUACCACCGGCUGUCGCCGCUGGUGGUGCAGUCGGAGGCGUUGGGUAGCCUGGGAGCGGCGGCCGGGGGGGACUGUCUGGUGGGGUUCUCGCGGCGUAGUCUGCAUGCGAUGAGGAGGGAGGUGGUGCGGCGGAGCGGGCGGGAGGCGAGUCUGGUGUAUGGGGGGCUACCGCCGGAGGCACGCAGGCAGCAGGCGGCGCUGUUCAAUGAAGCCUCCGUGGGGCCGCAGCAGACGCAACAGCAGGAAACAGCAGGAGGAGAACAGCAGCAGCAGCAGCAGCAGAAAGAGCAAGGGGCACAUGCGGGUGGCGGCACGGGGGAGGGGCCCAUGGGUCGGCGGAACCACCAGUCACCCCCGCAACAUGCGCAUGGGAGGUCAGGGAGUGACAGCGACAGCAGCAGCAGCAGCAGCGGUAGUGAUGACACUGGCAGCACGGGUGGUGCUGCAGCCGGUGCUGCUAGUGAUGGUUCCGCUGGGGGUGCUUCCGCUGCCGAGGGUGCUCAGGGUGCUCAGGGUGCGGGUGCAGGGUCCCGGGUGCUAUGUGCCAGUGACGCAAUCGGCAUGGGCCUCAACCUGAACAUCCGCCGUGUGGUCUUCACAUCGCUGCAAAAGUACGACGGAAGGAUUGUACGGCCGCUCGAGGCCUCCGAGGUACGACAGAUCGCGGGUCGCGCGGGUCGCUUCUCCUCCACGCACCCCACCGGCUACGUCACCACGCUGCACCCCGCCGACCUUCCUGCGCUGCACCGGGCGCUGGGGGAGGCGCCGCAACCCGUCAGCAGGGCCUGCCUGCUGCCCAGCUCCGAGCACCUGGUGGCCUACGCGCGCCUGCACCCGCACCGCCCCCUCGCCACCAGCCUGCUUGCGUUCGCCGCCGCCGCGCAGCUGGGCCCCGCCUACCUGUACGCCAGCUACGAGGGGGUGUACGGCAUCGCGAGUGCGCUACGGCACUUGGAGGGGCGGUUGGAGCCGGAGGAGCUGAUCCUGUUUAGCACGGCCCCUGCUGACAUGGACGACCCCUCGGUGGC